GUCUGACAGCUUCUUCUUCAUCUUCUUCUCCAUGCCUUCUUCAAGGAUGGGAUCAGAGACUCAGGCAAAGGUUCCUGUGGUGGAUUUAUCAAGUGAAGACUUGAAGCCUGGAACAGAGGGAUGGCUCUUGGCGUGCAAAUAAGUCAAGUAUGCCCUAGAAGAGUAUGGCUGCUUUGAAGUUGUUUAUCAUAAAGUUCCUUUGGAACUUCUCAACUCCAUUUUUUCAGUGCUUGAAGAUCUGUUUGAUCUUCCACUAGAAACUAAAAUGCAGAAGACCAGUGAUAAGCCUUACCACAGUUAUAUCGGCCAACGUUCCUUCAUUCCACUCUAUGAAUCCUUGGCCGUGGAUAAUCCAACAACUCUAGAAGGAGCUCAAGACUUCACAACAGUCAUGUGGCCUGCAGGAAAUGACUCUUUUUGUGAAAGUGCUCAUUCCUACUCCAAGCUGGUGGCAGAAUUGGAUCGAAUGGUGACAAGAAUGGUGUUUGACAUUUAUGGCGUGGAGAGGCUAUAUGACUCUCACAUGGCAUCAACCACAUACCUGCUUAGAUGCACUAAAUAUAGAACACAGAAGAUGAAUGAGACUAAUUUGGGAGCGGCUGCUCACACAGACAAGAAUUUUACAUCCAUUCUUCAUGAAAAUCAGGUCAAUGGUUUGCAGAUAAAAACAAAGGAUGGUCAGUGGAUUGAUGUGGAUCUUUCACCUUCAACUUUUCUAUUCAUGGCAGGUGAUCCAUUCGUGGCAUGGAGUAACGACAGAGUGCGCUCUUGUGAACACCAAGUCAUCAUGAAAGAGAACAAAACCAGGUAUUCCCUGGCAUUCUUCUCCUGGCAAAGUGGGAUUUUGCAAGUACCUGAAGAGCUUGUUGAUGACAAUCACCCCUUGAUGUAUAAGCCAUUUGAUCAUCUCGAUUUCGUCCGUUUACAACAAUCCGGGGCGACAAAGAAAUGUGAAAAUGCUAUCAAAGCUUACUGUGGUCUCUAAGAUAUAUCUCUUUUGAUCUAGAGGGACCAUGGCAUAAUAAUAUUCCAUAGAUUAAUGCCGCCUAGCGUAGUGUUUAUGUAUCAAAGUAUGUAUAUGUGGGCUCCUUGCUACUUCUCUGCUACAUUGUAAUGUUGUGCUUUGAAGGUUGUUGAUCGCAGUUCUUCUCUCCUUAUGCUGAAUAAAUGAACAAAAUUAAAGUGUAGCUCUUUCUAAGCCGAGUUGUACUCAUGGGUUCUGAUAAUGAGGCAUUAAAGUUUAUGGAACAUUGGGAUCGAAGGCAUUAAUAAAAUGCUUGGACGUUUUGCUUUGGCUCUUAA